AUGUACCACUGCGGCAGUCGAGCUUUCGGUACCGGAAUGGGUGCACUACGUCGCCGCCGGACUUUUCCUGUUAUGGAUCAUAUUUGGAAGAAGGCGAAGCAGCGUCAGUUCUUCCAUGUCUACAUAAUGUAUCAAGCCAAUAAAUAUGCAACAGUAGAAAUGGUUAUCAGAAAUUCCUUACUCGUAAUGUCGUACAAUUACACCUGGACAAAUUUAUUAGUGCCUAAUGGAUAUCCACUAGGAGCUGUU